CAAUCAACGGUUAUCGACAAUCGAUAGAAUGCAAUGCGUCGCCUAUCAAAAACAGCUGUUAUUGGCAAAGCAUUUGCGCCGCUGGACGAGAUAAAACUCCACAUAAACAAAUCAAAUGUCUGUUGUGGUGCUAGAUAAUGGUGCGUACACAGCGAAAGUGGGUCUCGCUACGCAGGACGAGCCCCAAGUGGUGCCCAAUUGUAUCAUGAAAGCGAAGAGCGAGCGACGUCGCGCAUUUGUGGGCAAUCAAAUUGACGAGUGCCGAGAUACAUCAGCGCUGUAUUACAUCCUGGCGUUCCAGCGUGGCUAUCUGCUAAAUUGGGAUACACAGAAGACCGUGUGGGAUUAUAUAUUCAGCAAAGAGGGUAUCGGAUGUACGCUGGAGAAUCGCAACAUUGUCAUCACUGAACCACAGAUGAAUUUCCAAAGCGUCCAGGAGGCAAUGCUUGAAAUGCUAUUCGAGGAGUAUCGUGUGGCGGGCAUGUACAAAACCACAGCUGCCGAUUUGGCCGCUUUCAACUAUGUGGCGGAUAGCGAAGAACGGACCACAAUGCAAUCGCUCAACUGUAUCAUAAUCGACGUGGGAUACAGCUUCACGCAUAUUGUGCCCUUUGUGCUAGGUCGACGAGUACUGGAGGGCAUUAGGCGUAUUGAUGUCGGUGGCAAGGCGUUGACUAACCAUCUAAAGGAGCUCAUCUCAUAUCGCCAUCUCAACGUUAUGGAUGAGAGUCAUGUGGUCAAUCAAAUCAAGGAGGAUGUUUGUUUUGUCGCUGAGGAUUUUAAGGAUAUGAUGAGUGUGCAUCACAAUGAGGCGAAGCGGCAACAAGUUGCUGUUGAAUAUGUACUACCCGACUUCACCACUGUGAAGCGUGGCUACAUACGUGUGCCUGGCCAGCCACGAGACGACGAGGAGCAACAGCAAUUGGUUCCGCUGUGCAAUGAACGCUUCACUGUGCCCGAAGUGCUCUUCAAUCCCUCAGACAUUGGCAUCUCACAAGUGGGCAUACCAGAGGCCGUGGCUGACUCCCUUAAAGCGUGUCCGUGGGAAGCGCAUCGCGAACUCUUGCUCAACAUUCUUAUUGUCGGUGGCAGUUCUCAGUUUCCCGGCUUCCUGCCGCGCCUCAAGCGUGAUCUGCGCGCCCUUGUGCCCGACGAUCUGGAGGUGUCACUCAUUUGUCCCGAGGAUCCGGUGAGAUACGCUUGGUAUGGCGGUCGAGAAGUGGCCACCAGUCCAAAUUUCCAAGAAUUUAUUUACAAGAACGAAGAUUACGAGGAGUUUGGAGUUCAUGGACUGCAGCAGCGUUAAUUAUAUAUUGGAAGCAUAUUAUUAGUAUUAUAAGUUGUAUUUGUAUAGCCCAUAAAUUGUUUGAAUGUCCCAGCAAUUAAGAUAAAUAAGAAACACUUUGAUAAACUUAA